AGGUCAGACUAGAUGAUCAUAAUGGUCCCUUCUGACCUUAGAGUCUGAGUCUAGAGUCUCUCUAAUAUCCUGGGAUAUCCUGCCAAGUGCUGCUACAGGUAACAGUUACCUUUUCUUUAGUUACUUUUCCAGUCCAACAAAAUAUCUUGAAAUAAAGACUAUUGUAUUAAUGAACAGAAAUGAUGUUUAGCAUAAAAUGAGAUUGUAAACUUCUCAGAGAGCUGAGCCACUUCAACUGAAGUCAAUGGAAAGAUUGUCAUUUGUGUCUUUCUACUGUGUGUUUGUACAGCUUCCCCACAAUAGGGUCCUUAUCCUGAUCAGGCCUCUAGGCAUUACUAUCAUGCUAAUAAAGUUAUUAUUAAUGUUUGCAUACAAAAGUGUCUUGUCAAAGCCAAGGCUCCUCAAUGACUCCUUAUUUGUUAAUUGCUCUGAAUCCAGCAAUUAUUAGUAUGAGUUAAGUGAUUGAUAUCCAUUGGUAGUAUUAUGUGGUGGUUUAUUUCCUGUUCAUGACUUGAAGCUAUUGUUUGGUUCUGAGGAAGACACUGUUUGUUGAAACACUAGCUAUAUCUUUUAUGUUAAUUAUCAGUUCUAUUUAUUAUUUAUUUUUCUAAUAAAGUAUUUAUUCACUUAGAAAUUCUUCUGAGGUAGUCUGGGUAUUUUGAAUUGGGGGUGCUGUUUUCUUUGUAACUUGAAUAUUCAACUUAUUAUUCCAUUUUAUGGAACUGGAGAAAAGCCUGAAUGAGAGAUUGCAAGAGAAAAGGAAGGAAAGGAGAAAUGUUGAGUGUCAUUAAUGUGCAAAUGAUAUUGUCAACUGUGAUCAGAGAUAAUGUAGGCAGAGUAUAAAGGCAAGAGGAGGAGACUAAGAACAGAUCCCUUGGGGACACCAGCUUAGAGAGGAUGUAAGAAAAAACGGUUAUUAUCCUAGUAUGAUGUGAAAGAUUUCUUAGAUAAGUUGGAAGAAACGCAUUGGAGAUCCAGUCAGAAAAACCAUAUGUGCCAAGGUUAUAGAGAUGUGAGGGAUCCACAGUGCCAAAAGGAGCUAAGUCAAGGAAGAUCAGAAAAGAAGUGAGAUAUUGGAAAUUCGAUACAACCCAAAUACUUAUAGAAUAUUUAAUAUUGAUAUACCAGAAGUAAACAUGAGAAUAGAAAAGAUCAACGGUGAAUGUAUACCUAAAAAGAAUAAACAGUCUUUCCAGCACUCAUAUUUACCAGAGUGGCGCAAUAAUCCCCAACCACAUUAUGCAAAAUUAAUUAACACCAACGUAAGGUUCUUAAAUGAACCAAUAUACUAUAUGGAAACAGAAGGCACAGUGGCUAAAAAGCAUCAUUGGUGGCCAAGUGGGGAAGCAUGUGUAUAUCAUUAUAGUCCACCUUACGACAGACAGAGCACACAAAGAAAUGAUUUCCAGAAGCCAACCUGUACAUUGUCUUCUCCAACUAAAUACAGCAGUAAACUACAGCCUUCCUGUGGAAUAGUUCCACUUGCAAUUCCUAGAACAUCAACAAGCCUUCCAAAAAUUUUACAGGAGAGGAUCUCCUUUAUUCAUCAGUACAAUGCCAGAAAAUCUCCUAAUGAACCCAUCCGAGGAAAGCGACAUGGAGCUUUUGUGUGGACAGAGAUAAAACCAGUGAGUGGGCCAAUAGUUCCUCAGGGAACAGAAGUAUUCCUGAGUGCUAGAGGGUCAGGCUCACUGGAACAGCCAAAAACAGAGAAAGGAAACUCAGUGGAAAGCCAAAUGACCUCACCCAGUCUCUGCCUGCAGAAUUCCCAGGAGACAUUAGGCUGUGAAACUCACUUAUCAAAACCAGACGUCAGAGAAGCAGCCAAGGCAUACCCCAGAAUCCCUGUGAGAGCACAGAAGAGUUCAGACAUUUCUCAGGCAACUGAAGUGGAUGUUAUCCGUCCUGCUGGGGAAGAGUCUUUAUGUCCAGCAAUGAAAGGUCCUCUAGAUAAAUCUCUGGAUAGGUUACCUCCCGCACAUAAAAACAUACGAAUCCCUGAUAUCACCAUCAGUAACUAAAAUGAAGAGAGCCUACAAUCACUGUGCAAGCUAAUGCAUUUGCUUGGUCUAAUAUCAAUAAUACUAAACACAAGCUAACAAUUCACUGGUGUCAGCGGGAACACAGUACUCCUUUGACAAAACAACAGCUGCACUGUACUUUGAUGUUUGUAGAAAACUAUAUGCCUAUAAGAAUUAUGGGUGGUUGUUUUUUUAAGGUGGAAUUGAUUUCCUUGUUAGGAGGAACGCAAUCAUCUUGAUCAUAUAUAUUCUGUAUUAAGUUUGACUUUGAGUUAAUUAACACUUUUGGGUCUGGAAGUGAUUAUGAUUCUUGAAAAUGUACUUUCAAUAAAAGAAACACUAGUUACAA